AUGGGGGAAUGGACUAUUCUAGAGAGGCUACUGGAAGCUGCCGUGCAGCAGCACUCUACUAUGAUAGGGAGGAUCCUGCUGACCGUGGUGGUGAUCUUCAGGAUCCUCAUUGUGGCCAUUGUAGGGGAGACGGUGUACGAUGACGAGCAAACUAUGUUUGUGUGUAACACGCUGCAGCCAGGCUGCAAUCAGGCUUGUUACGACCAGGCUUUCCCUAUCUCUCAUAUAAGGUACUGGGUGUUCCAGAUCAUCAUGGUGUGCACUCCCAGCCUCUGCUUCAUAACGUACUCUGUUCACCAGUCUGCUAAGCAGAGGGAACGGAGGUACUCCACUGUCUUCCUCACCCUGGAGAGGGACCAGGACUCGAUGAAGCGUGAGGACAGUAAGAAAAUCAAGAACACCAUUGUCAAUGGGGUGCUGCAGAACACCGAGAACUCCACCAAAGAGGCAGAACCAGACUGCUUAGAAGUGAAGGAAAUCCCCAAUCCUGCUAUCAGAACUACAAAGUCAAAGAUGAGGAGGCAAGAAGGCAUUUCUCGAUUUUAUAUCAUCCAAGUGGUCUUUCGAAAUGCCUUAGAGAUCGGAUUCUUAGUGGGACAGUAUUUUCUGUAUGGAUUCAAUGUCCCUUCCAUGUACGAAUGUGACAGAUACCCUUGCAUUAAAGAAGUAGAGUGCUAUGUCUCUAGACCCACUGAGAAGACUGUAUUCUUGGUAUUCAUGUUUGCUGUCAGUGGGAUUUGUGUGGUGCUCAAUUUGGCAGAACUGAACCACUUGGGCUGGAGAAAGAUCAAAAUGGCAGUGAGAGGAGUACAGGCAAAAAGGAAAUCCAUAUACGAAAUCAGAAAUAAGGACCUGCCAAGAAUGAGCAUGCCUAACUUUGGCAGGACUCAGUCAAGUGACUCAGCUUAUGUGUGA